GACGCGCACGCACGGCCCGGGUGCGCGCUCCGGACAGUUGAUCCCCUCUCGCCUUCAACCGAAGCCGCCUCGCGGACCGGAGUCGCGACUUCGCGCGCCAGCUCCAUUCGUCAAGGAAUAUUUCAACCAGAGGCAUCGAAGGAUGGUCACGAUUAAGCCUCCACGCUGACAAGAACGCUGACGCCCAUGGCUGGGGACUGCUAUCGACUGCUGCUGCUGCUCAUGCUGUGGGCCCCGCUGUGGCUGACACCGGCCAGCGGCAACAGCAGCUGGGGCUCGUGGGUGGGCCGGGGCCUGCCGCGCACAGCCGAGUCGCGCGCCGAGGGAUUUGUGCGCUGCCCGACGCUGUGUGUCUGCCAGGCCGUCAACCGGGGUAAACGAAUCACCUGCGACCUCGGCGGCAUGCGCUCUAUACCGACCCAGAACAUGGACAAGGACAUCCGGGUGCUGCAGAUCACCGCGCCACCGGAGCACCCCAACGAACUCAUCAUCGGCAGGAUAUUCCUCCAAUUUACUGCGCUCGAAGAGGUACGGAUCACGCGCUCGAAUGUACCGGCCAUCGGUGACAGUUCUUUCUGGCCAGGAAAGAGAUUACAAAUACUUGACUUGAGCCACAACAACAUCAGUAUCCUUCGUGACUCUGACUUCCGUGGCUUGUCCGAGCUGCGGCUGCUCAACCUGAGCUACAACCACAUUGCACGGGCUCCUUCGGCGCCCUUCCGAUUCCUGUCCAAUUUGACGAGCCUGAUCCUGUCGGAGAACAAGCUGGAGGCGCUGGCGCCUCGCUUCCUUUACCUUUUGCCAAGGCUGCAAAGGCUCGACCUGAGCGGGAACCCACUCAAGAGCCUCGAUCCGGAUCACCUGAAGGACGUGCGGCCGUUGCGAGUUCUCGGCCUGGCCCGCUGCCAACUCACGAGGCUCCAUUCGCUCAUCUACCAGCAUCUGUCGAACCUGGAGUCCCUAGACCUGCAGGACAACCAGCUGAGCAAGUUGGCGCCCGAAGAAUUUCGCCACUUGCGCAAGCUGCGGGUGCUGAAGCUGGACGGCAAUCGGCUCGAGAAGAUACCCGAGCGGGUGCUGGACGGCCACUCGCUCAGCCAGCUGGGUUUGUCCCGCAACCAGUUGUCAUCGCUCGAUCCGUGCGCCUUCUGCAACGCAUCCGUCGAAGAGCUGGACAUGUCGCGGAACAGGCUGCAGUCGGGCGAGGGCGACCCACUUCGGCCCCUCGCCUCGUCGCUGGACCGGCUGGAUCUGAGCUGGAACCCGCUGUCUGGCGACGCCGCCGCCGCUCUGGUGCGCUCCCUCAGGCGUCUCAGCGUGCUCCGCCUCGAGGGCCUCGGGCUGCAGAACCUGCCCUCGGAGACAUUCAGCGGCGUGCGCACCCUGCGGGAGCUGGGGCUGCGACACAACCGGUUCAGCAGCCUCCCGCCGGGCCUCCUGACGCCGCUCAAGUCGCUCGAGGGCCUCGACUUGGCGUUCAACCGUAUGCGCGGGGUGGCGCCCGAGGCGGUGCGCGAGCUCGACUCGCUGCCCGCACUCUCGCGGUUUACGGCGCACGACAACCCGUGGCAAUGCAAGGAGUGCCAGGUGAUGGAGCUGUCCCGUUGGCUUGCCGAGCGGCCACUCGACUGUGGUGGACCCUGCCCCACGUGUGCUGGGCCGUCCAACUUGGCCGGACAGACUCUCGCCUUCCUGCCCGUCCACGAUCUAGAGCCCUGCCGGGAGCCCCUCGUCCAGCGGCGGCUCUCGCGGGCCGAGUCCCAGGUGGGCCUGAUCGUGGCCAUCAUCAUCAUCAUGCUGCUGGUGACGGUCAUCGUGGCCACCGUGGUGAUCUACAGGCGCCAGGGCGCAGUGUACUACACGCACGAAGACGACCGGCGCAUGUCCUGCACCGACGUGAAGCGGCCCUCGAUUGUGGCCACGCCGCCUGCCGACGACAUCAAGGACUGCGCCAAGAUAGCCGCCUGCUGAACGCGCUACUCAACGGCUCGCGAUCGUGCUCUUUGUGAUAGCCAGCCGCGCCAGCGUCCAGGACGGUGCGCCAAUAGCGCAGGCUGUGUUCCCCUAAGUCAGCAAACAGCUGCCGCUGGCAGUUUCAUCCGCCCGCCCACACUCUAGAGCGAACUGGCUACCUGCCGACCGGACAUUGCAGGGGCUUGCGGCUCCACGCUUCAGACGUGCAUGCACCGGUGGCUAACGCGUAUUACACAAAAUGUGGCCAAGGUGCGCGGGACGCUAAAGCAAUACGAGGACCCCAUUACAGCUGCAGAGUGAAUGCAGGCGGCGGUCGUGCCAGGCAUCAUCAUGUUCUUACCCGCCACAUAGUCAGCCCGUGUCGUAAGUCCGCUGACCUCGACCGGGACGGGUGUUAUCGGUUCCUCGACAUACACAUAGUCGUUCGUUGUCGCUAUACGCGACGUUGCGCGCACUUUUUGGCAUCAAGUCAGCGUGGGUGCAUGAUUGGGCAUUUGUUUCAAAACAGCUGUAUAAACUGAUGCGCCUCAAAAGACUGAUACGGUCAGUGUGCUUCAAAAGUGUUUUUGAUAUUAUUCCAAGAGCAAGAGGUUUGCCGUUGUGUUCAAGAACGCAGCUUGACUUUGUGUGUCGAAACUUCAUGUAGUUUUGUUGAGUUAUUUUAGCGCCAUACGUGUGCCGUUACUUUGUUGAUAUAAUCGCUUUGCGUAGUACUGUUGUGUAAGAUUCCACAACAUCAAUUUUGUCUUCUAUACAUAAGCGUUCCUGUCCUCAGUACAAUAGGCUUUUGCGCAUUACUGUGACCAUUGAGGUGUGUUCUUGUGCUUUUGUGCCGUGUAAAGUUGCAUGAAGGGCUGAAAAACUCGUUAAAGCUAAUUUUUUUUAACAGUAACAACGACGCUGCGACAAAGUAUUGCGUUAUAACUGAAUAAUAUGUAUAUACCAACUUAUACCUUUGAAAGUUCAUUACGAAAUCGGCAUUGUGCGUUUUUGAUAUGUAUGCAUAUUUUUCACGCUUCAUCAAUGCGAAAAUACAAAUUCCAUUAUUGAUUUUGUUUGUGCAAUC